UAACAUAUGUUAUAUGUGUUGUCUUUUUUUUGAUUGCUAAAAUAGGUGAAAAUAGAGAAUGCCACAAGACAUCUGGUGAACCUAUUGAGGAAUUCCCUGGGUUCAGGUCCUUCAAACAUUAAUGCUAGUGUUUCUCAAAGUGAUGAAAUGCCGGCAGGCCCUAGGACCUUUGAGGCUGACAGAGUGCAAGCUCCAAGAGGAUGCCAGGCAGGUCCUAGAACCGUUGAGGCUGGCAAAGUGCAACAGGAUAUGGCCAGAGCAUUUCCAGGCCUUUUUAAAUCUAAAGCUGGAGGAAAAGUUACAAGAAAAAGGUGUAGAAAAUCUACUCCUGUGCAGUUCUUUCUCCUGGAUGAAUAUAGAGAGAGAACACCAAAAGGAAGUAAAGAAAUGGUCCUUCUCCAGGCAGGAUUGGGCCGAAGGACAAUUAGCGUGCCUGAAGAAGCUAAUCAUGCAGAGAUUUCAUCGCUCUUUUGUGAAGUCUUCCCAAAACUGAGAGAAUUAGAUGGGGCUUGGAUGAUAUACAAAGCAGCUGGUGGAUCUGGCCAACGUUCACUGACAGUAGUGUCACCUGAUGCAGAGGGCUACACUGGUCUUAAUAUAAUCAAGGCAGCAGGAGGAAAGGCAUGCCUCUACAUAAUGCCAAUUCAGCAUAAAUUAGAUACUUCACCAUUACCAUUGUCAGCCAAAGAAUUUGAAAGUAUGCCUAAAGCCAACUGCAUUACCUGUCAGGCUUACGUGCCAAUACAGCUGCUAGCUUUUCAUGUGGCCGAAUGUAAGCAAAAUAGCAUCCAUAAUUGUGAGAUAAUCUCUGAUGAUGAUUCCAGUUUGGAAUCCACCAUUCAUGAUUUUGAUAAAGAUGCAGUCUCAAAUGAACCACCAGCAGUCUCCACAUCCAUAGCUGAUGUCAAGGGAUCCUUAAAUGAGCUUCCAACAGUCUCCCCGUCUGUGGAGGAUACAAAGGUUGCCUGUCCAGUUUGCCUGGAUUUGUUCUCGAGAGACUAUGUGGAACUUCACGCAAGCAGUUGCGGUGUAAGCCUUGUUGAGGAAUUUGAAAAGUUGCUUGAGAGUGAGGUUGCAGAUAAAGUAGUGGAAAAGAUGAGAGAGAAACCAUGUAAAAGCUUGUCUGAUAUCCUCACAGAGCUUGCAGAUUGUGUAGACCACACAUCAACCUUUAAUGUAAGUGUUACGAGAGAAGGUCUGUAUGAAAGGUCCAUGUUGCAGUGGAAGCGGCAAAAAAAUUCCUCUCCCAAGAAUAUUCUCUCUAUUAAUUUCCUCGGAGAGUAUGGAAUAGACAGUGGAGCUCUCCGAAAAGAAUUUCUAACAGAAAUGCUGAGAGGAAUAGAAUCACACCUUUUUGAGGGAGGAGACACAGGGAAAGCUCCGAAGUACUCCAUUACAGAUUAUAUGAAUGAUAAUUUCAAGACUUGUGGAGAGAUUUUUGCUGUGAGUGUAGCACAAGGGGGCCCACCACCCAAUUUUUUUAAGAAAUGGUGCUAUGACUACAUCUGUUCAGGCACUAUUAACAAGGAGGAGAUGUCCAAAGACAAUGUUACAGAUCCUGAGCUCAUAGAGCUUAUUGAACAGAUUGAUGCUGCAGAUACAAACUCUAUAACCAACCUAUCCGAAAGAAUUUUGGCAAGCGGAUAUUCAGGACCUAUUAUCCAUGAGCGGAAGGCAGCGAUUAUUGAUGCCAUAGUUCUGCACUCCGCGGUACGGAUAAUUCCAGUGUUGCAGCAGAUCUGUGACGGAUUGAAACUGUAUGGCUUCCACAACUUACUGACUCAUCAUAGUGAUACUUGCCUGCAGCUCUUUGUACCUGGACACCUGAAAAAGGUGGAUGCAGAAUUCCUUGAGCUUGCCUUGGCUCCUGUCUUCAGUGUGGAAGGCUCACUCAGACGCCAUACAGAGUGUCGCAUUAUAAACUUCUUACAGGAUUUUAUUCAGAAGUUAGAGGAUGAAGAAGAACUUGCCACUCCAGAGAAGAAGGGCACGAGCAAUACAAGUAACUGCAUCACUGUAGGCAGCUUCCUCCAGUGGCUCACGGGACAAGCACAUAUUCCACUGAUUGCAUCACAAAGGGAAGGCUUUAAAAUUCACAUUGACUUUGACCAUGAUUGUAAUGUACGUUAUGGUAAUCACAACAUAUGCUAUCCCGUUGUCAAUGCUUGUGCGACCUCCAUAACUUUUCCAACAAAACACAUUGCAACAUAUCAGGAGUUCCAAGACAUAAUUUCAGAAGCAAUAAAUGGUAGCCAAGAGUUUGGUCGGCACUAGAUUCUUACAACACUAGUGUGUUAUUCCCAUGAUAUAUUGUUGGGAGUUUUUCGAGUAAUAAAUGCUGUACGUUUUAAUGUUAUGACAGCAGUAACUGAGUUCUAACUGAAUUGGUUUAACAUCAUUCACAAGCUAAACCAGGGUUCACCAAUCCUGCUCCUAGGGUGCUGGUGUCUCUGCAGAGUUUAGCUCCAACCCUAAUCGAACACACCCCUAAUCGAACACACCUAAAGAAGGUUACUCUGCAGAGAUACCGUCCCUUCAGGAGCAGGAUUGGUGAUCCCUGAGCUAAACAAAUGAUGAAAAUGAUUUUCAUGAGACAAAUGAUUUCAUAUGAAAUUGUAUAAUGUUCAUUAUAUUGUUCAUAUUGAUGAAUCGCUACAAUUUUGGAGGCAAAAUUACUUUGCAUUAUUGCUUUGUAGUAAAAGUUUUUAAAAUUGUUAUGAGAAAAUACUAAUUUCUUCAACUACUUGAAUUGAUCAAAUAAACAGUAAAU